GUCUUUAUAUUGAGCACUUUACCUUCCCUGCCACUCAAAAAUUUCUUCUCUUCCUCUUGCUCUUCCAUCCACAGAGAGAGCUGAGAAGAUGGAAAUAGUAAUGGGAGUAUUUGCAGAAGCAGCUAUUUCUAAUCUGUUGGGAGCCGUAACUAAUUUGCUGAAACACGAAGUGGAGCUCAUCCGGAAUGCCAAAGUCGAACUCAACCAGCUUGAGGGGAACCUGGAAUGCUUGAAGAAGGCCCUCAAAGAUGUAGAUCGCAAGCCCUUUCUCAGCAACAAGCGCAACAGAGAUCUGGAGGGAGAGCAGAAGGAUGUUUUCUAUGAUGCACAAGAUAUCAUCGAAGAAUGCCAAACCAUAAUUGAGCUCAGCUCGAAGAAGGUAAGAAAGGCUUGGAUCCUUGAUGUGUCUGCUCCCUACCGUCUUAGGAAUGAAAUUAAAACGAUCAACGAAAGGCUUAGUAAAAUAUUAAAAGAACCAAUGGUGGAUUUGUUCAAAACAAAACCAAAAGAUAAUAGCCAGGGCCCUAUUGGUGUUGAAGAUGACAACCCCCGAGAGACAACCCAUCACAUAGGUGCACAACCACCGAUAGGCAGGGAGAAUGAUAAAAGGGUGAUAGUAGAAAAACUCUUGUUCAAUUGUUCUAGACAGAGUAGUAUGCCAGAGAAGCAUGAUGUUUCUAUUAUCUCAAUUGUAGGAGAAGGCGGGAUCGGCAAGACUACUCUUGCAAAAAUGGUCUUUAAUGAAGUCGAACAACAGUUCAGGGAUCAUAGAUGGUGGGUUUGUGUUUCUGAGAGGCCAAAACGUAAGGAUUUAUUGCGGAAAAUACUGAAGGAAGUGUGCAAGGAAUCUAAAGCAGGACUUGAUACUUCUUUGAAUGACUUGUGCACACAAAUACGGAGAGAACUUUGGAAGAAAAGAUUUUUGUUGGUAUUAGAUGACGUAUGGGAACUAGAUUGGUGGCAGGGAGAGGUAGAGAGCACUCUUAUGAGAGGUUUAAUGGGGAGCAAAAUUUUGAUCACUAGUCGAAAUAUCGAUGUCUCAAAAGGGGUUGGAGCUUUAUAUAUGCAUAGAUUGCCAAUAUUGAAGGAUGAUGAGAGUUGGAAUUUAUUUUUGAACAAGGCAUUGAUGACCGAAACUGAUUUGGCAAGUCACAAUUUGCAAGAUAUUGCGAAAAAAAUAGUCAAGAAGUGCAGUGGGUUGCCACUUGUGAACAUGGAAAAAGCAGAGUGGAAGGCAGUUGCAGAUAGUGUGAUCUGGGACUGGAAGAUGCCUGCCUCAUCAUCUUCCUCUCAAUAUGGUAGCAUUCUUCCUGGUUUGAUAAUGAGCUACGAUGACUUGCCACCUUAUUUGAGGUGUUGUUUCGUUUAUUGCAGCAUUUUUCCAAAGGAUCAUGAGAUCAAAAGGGAGCUAUUGAUCAUGCAAUGGGUGGCACAUGGAUUGGUUGAGGAAAAGGAAGGUGUAGGUGUGGAAGUGACAGCAAACCAAUACAUUGAAGAUUUGAGAAGGCGUUGCUUGAUUGAAACACAUAGAUCUGAUAGGGGCACUUGUGUCAAAUUGCAUGACAUUUUGCAUGACCUUGCCUCAUAUGUAGGUGGAAAGGAAUAUAGCCAUGCCUUUGCUACUGAGCAGACCCGCCAUCUGUCAUUACUUGGUCAAGCCAAUGCAGAAGCGGCCAUGAAAUAUAAUGCCUCAGGAGCAGCAAAUAAGGUGCGGACAAUAUUGUUGAGUGCAUCCUUGCCUUUGGUGGAAUUGAUCAAUUUCAAGCGAUUGAGGGUGUUAUCAUUGAUGAAAUGUCGAAUAGAUGAGCUAUCGAACUCCAUUGAAUGCCUUUCACUUCUAAAAUAUCUCGAUCUAAGAUGGUCUGAGGUGAGACGAUUGCCCAGGUCAAUUGGCAGACUCUAUAACUUGCAAACAUUGGAUUUAAGUGAUAGUGAUAUUGAAGAGUUGCCCGUGGAAAUGGUCGAACUGUGCAACUUGAGGUAUCUUGGGAUGGAAAGAACAGUGUGUUUGAAAUUUAUGGCAGAAGGCUUGGGGAAGCUUACCAAUUUAUGGACCUUGCAUAAGUUUCUGGUAUGCAAUGACAAUGGAGGAUGCAAUAUUAGGGAGCUAGAAAACUUGAACAAACUGAAAGGGAAAUUGCUAAUAGAAGGUUUGGGUGGGGGAAGGGUGAAAGCAAUUGAUGCAGAGAAAGCACAACUUAAGGAGAAGCAUGAGCUAAAUGUUGUAGAAUUGGUCUUCGAGGUGGAUGAUAAUGUUUCUGAACACAGAAGUUUGCUAGAGGCUUUGGAACCUCCACAUGGCAUCGAGAGGUUGAGAAUUUGUGAUUAUGAAGGAGAUACGCCUGCGUGGUAUUUGGACACCACCAACUAUAUGGAGCUGCGGACACUACAGCUGCGAUGUUGCCCAUUGUUGGCAACAGUAAUCGGAAUUAACUGUUUGGAAAAUUUGGAGGUCAACAUCUGCCCAACAUUGUGUGAAUUGCCAAGCAUGCCUUCGCUCAAGUCAUUGAAGGUGAACGGAUGUAAUGGGCUAAAAACCCUCGCUAACAUGCCUAUCUUAGAGUCUUUGGAGGUGGUUGAAUGUGGCAGCCUUGAGCACGUUGCUGAGAUGCCUGCACUCAUGUCACUGAGGGUGGACAGAUGUAAUAUGCUGAAGACUCUUGCUAAUAUGUCGGCCUUGGAAUUGUUGACGCUGAUUCAAUGUCGCAGCCUAAAGCAAGUAGCUGAGGUGCUUGCACUCAGGCCACUGGUCCUUGUUAGUGUUGCUGCUAGAUCCUAAGGAUUACAUCUUGUGUUGCCGCGUUUCAUUCUCAUGGCAAAUCAAGAAGCAUCAUCAAAUACAGGAGUCAACUCUGAUACGGGUAUGAAUUUUCUUGCUUCUCCUCUUCAGUGCCCAAGCAAUUUACAGCAUUUCCUCACCAUCAAGUUAAAUGCUGAAAAUUAUCUUAUUUGGGAAUCUCAAUUCACUUCAAUUUUGAUCUCAUUUGGUCUUAUGGGAUAUAUUGAUGGAAGCAAACCUGCUCCAUCAAUGUUUAGAAGUGGAACAACUGAAAUUAGUUCAGAAUAUAUUGAAUGGUUGAGAAAUGAUCAACUACUUUUGAGUUGGAUUAAGUCCUCUCUAUCUGAAGCAAUACAUACCCAAAUUAUUGGUUUAAAAACCUCUCUAGAGGUUUGGAGCGCUCUUAGGCAGUCAUAUGCCACUCAAUCUAUGGCUCGAAUAAUGCAGUUAAAAUCACAGUUUCAAGAUUUGAAAAAGGGGUCUAGUUCUAUGGAUGUUUAUAUAAACAAAGCAAAAUCUAUUGCUCAUCAAUUAGCCAUUGCAUCCAAACCUGUUGAUGAAGAUGAUCUUGUUCUUCAAAUUCUUAGAGGAUUGCCAAGUGAAUAUCUUGCUUUUAAAGUCAGUAUGGAAACUCGAAAGGACCCUGUCUCUUUGAACGAACUUCAUGGGCUUCUUCUCAUACAAGAAGCCAACUUAAAAGAAGAUGAUUCUCAAACUUUUGAAUCUAUUAUGCCGGCUGCGAAUAUUGCCUCAAAACAAGUUUACAACAAGCAAACCAACUACAGAGGUCGUGGUAGAAACAACUAUCAAUCUAGAGGAGGAGUCCGGAAAAGUGAUCAAUACAAAGGUGAUCGUUUUGUGUGCCAAAUAUGUGGAAAAGUUGGUCAUAUUGCAAAGUUUUGUUGGUCAUAUACUAACUUGCUUAAAGAAAAAGAGACAACGCCUCCUCAAGCAUAUCAUGCAGUUUCUUCUAGCACUCUGAAUCAAGACAUUGGAGAUGACAAUUGGUAUCCUGACUCCGGUGCGACUCAUCUCAUCACCAAUGAUAUCAAUAACUUGUUCAUUCAUGCCAAAUACAAAGGUGGAGAUGCAGUAAAAAUCGGAGAUGGAUCAGGUUUGAGAAUUUUUCAUAUUGGUUCUUCAAAGACAUCUCAAAAUUUAGUUUUAAAUGAUCUCCUUCAUGUGCCCAAAAUAACAAGAAACUUGUUAUCUGUACAACGUUUUUCUAAGGAUAAUGGAGUCUAUUUUGAGUUUCAUCCUAAUAUGUGCUAUGUUAAGCAGCAGGGAACGGGAAAAAUUCUUCAUCAAGGAACGAGCAGUGAUGGGCUAUAUAAGAUUGACCUUAGUAGCAAAAAAAAGGAAGCACAACUUGGAGAAAGACAUACUAUUGGGCAGUGGCACAAAAGACUUGGUCACCCUUCAUUUUCCAUUGUUAAGAGGUUUUGAACAAGUAUGAUUUGUCUUAUUAUGAUGAUUGUUUAAAUUAUUUGUGUGAAGCUUGUCAAAAAGCUAAGAGUCAUAAACUUCCAUUUAAUGCUAUUUCAAGUAAGGUGAAAUGCCCGCUUGAACUCAUUUAUUCUGAUGUAUGGGGUCCAGCCCCAGUGGAGAGUGUGAAUGGUUUUAAGUACUAUGUGAUUUUUAUGGAUGCGUUUUCAAGAUAUACUUGGAUUUAUUUGAUGAAAAAAAAAUCAGAUGUCAGUCAUGUUUUUAAAGCUUUCAAGACACUUUCUGAAAAUCUCA